CGUGCGAAGCUCUCACUCUCGCCUUGCGGCUCUGAGGAGGCAGGUCGUGGGGAAUCUCCGAUUGCGAGUGGAGCAAGAGGUUUGUGUCUCCAGAGAAUGAUGGCAAACCACCUUGUAAAAUCAGACUCUAGAAACUGCAAGAGGUCAAGAGAACUGGAGCCUCAGGUGUCUGAUAGUCCACAGGUAUCCUCUUUUGGAAAAUCAGAUUCAUCUCUCUCUGAGUGUUCUGGACUCUUUUAUAAAGAGGAAGCUCUGGAGAAGGAUUUGAGCGAUAUGAGCAAGGAAAUUAAUCUGAUGUUGUCUACAUAUGCAAAGAUUUUAAGUGAAAGAGCAGCAGUAGAUGCAUCUUACAUCGAUGAGAUAGAUGGACUCUUCAAAGAAGCCAAUAUUAUUGAAAACUUUUUAGUACAGAAAAGAGAGUUCCUGAAGCAGAGGUUUACAAUGAUUACCAACACCCUGCACAAGUAAUGUGCCUAUGGCAGCUGAAAGUUGUUCCUAUUACUCCUGUGUUCUUUUGCUAGAGAAAACAUGUAUUAAACUAUAACUUUUUCUAAAUUUAAAAGGGGGUUUAAGAUAGAUAUUAAUAUGAAGUGUGUAGUAUUCCUUUUGCAGGUCAAAUAUUUGGCACAUUAUAUAAAAAUUAAAUUAAAAAUUAUAUACAUGUUCUUUAUCCUUUACUCCUGAAUUGCGUAGCCCUUCUUAAACUAUGAAAGAGGACUCUGUUAAUUUGAUUAUGCCUAACAAUAUUUGUUUAAAUAGCAAAUGAUUUUUGAGAUAGUUUUAAAAUGUUUUUCUUGGCCAGUAUUAUAAAAGAAUAUAAAAACAUUAAAGGUAUUAUGUCCAGUUUCUUAACAUAUAAUAAAAUAUAACAGUGUGCUACU